AUGGCUACCGAAAGGAAGAUUUUACUUAUUGGUUCUGGUUUUGUUGCUCGCCCAACAGUCGAGUAUAUCUUACGUCGUCCAGAGAAUCUUUUGACUGUCGCCUGUCGACGCAUAUCUCAUGCUGAAACUCUCGCUCGAUCAUUUCCCCGGGCGACACCAAUUUCGCUUGAUGUUACUAAAGAAAAAGAGCUCGAUGCAGUAGUAUCUGAGCAUGAUUUAGUCAUAAGCCUUAUUCCGUACACACAUCACCCUCUUGUGAUCAAAUCUGCCAUUAAAUUCAAAAAAAAUGUGGUUACAACAAGCUAUUGUUCACCUGUAAUGAAAAGCUUUGAUGAAGAGGCCAAAGCAAAUGGGCUAACUAUCUUGAACGAGAUAGGUCUCGACCCUGGUAUUGACCAUCUUUUUGCGGUUAAAACUAUUAGUGAAGUUCACGAAGCUGGAGGAAAAGUAACAUCCAAUAAUCCUCUUGGCUACAAAUUUAGUUGGUCUUCGCGUGGUGUUCUAUUAGCAUUAAAAAAUAGUGCUAAAUACCUUCUCAAUGGAGAGAUCGUGGAAAUUCCUGGAUCACAACUUAUGCAAUCUGCAAAACCAUACUUCAUUUAUCCAGCAUUCGCAUUUUUGGCUUAUCCAAACAGAGAUUCUACACCUUUCAAAGAGUAUUAUAACAUGCCCGAAGUUAAAACGGUUUUACGUGGUACCUUGAGAUAUCAGGGAUUUACUUCUUUUGUCAAAGUUUUGGUUGAUAUUGGUUUGUUAGAUGAUUCCAAGCAAGAUUAUUUGUCUCCUAACGCGUCUGAUAUUGCUUGGAAAGAUGUUCUUGCUAACGUAAUUGGAAUAUCCAGUAAUUCCGAGUCUGACCUUCGCAAGCAUAUUACUCGUAAAGUUCCAGAAAUUACUGGUGAAGAGCUUGAGCGAAUCUUUAGGGGCAUGAGGUGGCUAGGCCUGUUUUCUGAUGAAAAUGUUCAUCGUAAAGAUACUUUACUUGAUACACUUUGUGCUACCCUGGAAGAAAAAAUGCAAUAUGGUGAAGGAGAAAGGGAUAUGGUCAUUCUACAACAUAAAUUUGAGAUUGAAACCAAAAGUGGUGAAAUGGAAACGUGGACUUCAACCCUUCUGGAAUAUGGAAACCCUCCUGGCCCAUCUGCAAUGGCUAAAUUAGUUGGAACGCCAUGCGGAAUUGCUGUACAAUUGAUUUUAGAUGGUGUAAUUAAGCAAACAGGCGUUCUCACGCCUUAUACACCAGAAAUUAAUAACCCAAUAAUUGAAGCUUUGGCAAAAGAAGGAAUCACAGUUAUCGAUGAAAAAUUGUAA